AUGGUGGCACCAAGGAAUACCGCCUAUGCCGAGGAAAGCGCGGAGGUCGAGGUCCUGUAUGCGAACCUUGAGAAACUCAACCGACUCACGAAGAAGAUACAAGGCUCCAUGGUACGCCUGGAGACAGGAGGAAAAGUUGUCAAAGAAGCCAUUGGUCCCAUUUAUAGCAACACCCAAUCCCUCCAAAUCACCAACAGCAACAUCGACAAGGUCAACGACGCCAUCGAUCGCCUGCGCCAACCUCUCGAUGCAAAGAACCGAGAAGAUGGCAUAAUUCGCGCAGGGCCACAGAGCUCCGGCCUCACACCGUACCUGUCGGCGAUGAAACGUGUUGAAAAGGCGCUGGUCGACCUCAGCACAACAAAUCUGCGAUCAAACCAGAAUGCGAUAACUGACUUCAACUCCCUUCUAAACACCGGAAGCUCAAAGCUUCAAGAACUGCUACGGGGAGAACUGAGCCAGCAUUCCACUCCGGUUGAGCCCCUACACUAUCUGACCAAGGAUCUCCCCUUUCCAUCCAUACCCGAAGAAACUAUUUCCCAUAUGGCGCCCUUGUGCUCGGCGGUCGGCUCCGCAUCCAUUCAUGGAUCUCAGCGCGGCAAGGGGGAUAACCCCGCGCUGAAGGUGUAUGCGGAAGUACGAGGACCGUACAUCGCAUCCAGCUUGCAGAAUCUCGCCAUUGCAUCCCUCAAUACUGUCAAACGGCGACCCACUGAUGGCCCUUACAAGCAGGGUACCAAUGGUAUUGGUAUCUACUCUAACGCGCUGGAGGCCUUCAUAACUACCGAGCACAGUAUUAUCGUGCAGAUGUUUACCGGAGAUCAGCAAGGCCUGGCGUUGCAGGCUACCUUCUUGCCGGCUAUGGGCGAAUAUUCCAAAACGCUACGUGAGCUCAAUCAGUAUAUAAAGGCAAAUCUGAUGACGGACUGCUUCUUGGCUUUUGAGAUCAUCGAGAUUGUGACUGCAACGUCCUAUCGAAUUGACUCGAAGGCCGCGGAACUGAAGAGCCUCUUGAUCGAGGCUCUUCGGCCUGUACGCGAGACUGCAAAGUCGUCUCUUUCCGAAUUGAUUGAGGAAACGAAGCGCAAAGCUGGUGGCACGCCACUCCCCCCGGACGGUGGAUCGGUGCCUCUCGUGGAGGAAGUGAUGAGCUCAUUGGCCACACUGACAGGAUACUCUGGUCCCUUGGCUUCUAUCCUGACAUCUUUGGGAGAUGGAAACUGGCGUGCCAAGUCCAACACCGCCGGCUCGGCUCCUCUAGAUGUAGGUCCAGACAGCGGCACACUUCUGUCGCAUUUUAUUCUAGACAUGAUCGAGGCUUUAAUGACCUCCCUGGAAGCUCGAGGUCGGGCUUUCCAUCGAUCCAAGGCAGCGCUUGGUGUGUUCUUGUCCAACGUGUUCUGCGUGGUCGACCGGUCGAUCCGACAGAGCCCAGAGCUGGCACGUUAUUUGGGCACCCCAGACAGUAUCGCCCGGAUCGAUACUUUCCGCAAGCGCGCGACGUCUACCUAUCUCGAUGCAUGGAAGGAAACAUCCCAAUACCUUCUUGACGUGCAGUAUACCUCCCGUGGGGCGCAACGCAAUUCUAGCGGCAACGUGGAUUCAAGUGCCAUCGUCAAGUCCCUGUCGUCCAAGGAUAAGGAUGCGAUUAAGGACAAGUUCAAAGCAUUCAACGCGAGCUUCGAUGAUAUGGUGUCUCGGCACAAAACUCUUCACAUGGAGCGCGAGGUGCGCACUGCGCUGACUCGUGAGCUGCAGACUGUUCUCGAGCCCUUGUAUGCGCGCUUCUAUGAUCGAUAUGUGGAGAUCGACAAAGGCCGUGGCAAAUACAUCAAGUACGACAAGGCAAGCCUAUCGACAAACACCGACGCAAUGUCCGGAAGCAACGAUCUCUACCAGACCCCCCUCAACUCGCGCUAUGCGAGCAAUGAGAUGAAGUACCUCUUCUCACCCCGGAAGCGCUUCUCCACAUGGAGACAGCUUUGGACCUGGCUCGCGGAGGCUCAAAAAGAGCUUGGACUUCCUAUCAGCGCCGAGGCCAUUGAGCAGAUGAAGGCCCACGAGGUUAUCCAGGAUGACGAGUUCGCCGUUGCCGCCGAGGAGGAGAAGCGCCGGAGACACGAUGUUAUGGCCCACGUCCACGCCUUUGGCCUGGUUGCCCCCGCUGCCGCCGGUAUCAUCCACUGGGGUGCCACCUCGUGCUACUGUACCGACAACGCCGAUCUGAUCCUGCUCCGUGACGGUCUCGACAUCCUCAUCCCCAAACUGGCUGUUGUCGUCGACAAGCUGUCCCAGUUCGCUCAGAAGUACAAGGACCUUCCUUGCCUGGGCUUCACUCACGGCCAGCCCGCCCAGCUGGUGACCGUUGGCAAGCGUGCUUGUCUCUGGAUCCAGGAUCUGCUGAUGGACCUGCGCAACCUCGAGCGUGCCCGUGAUGACCUGCGCUUCCGUGGUGUCAAGGGUACCACCGGUACUCAGGCGUCUUUCCUGCAGAUCUUCAACGGUGAUCACGCCAAGGUCGAGAGCCUGGACGAGCUUGUUACUGAGAAAGCUGGCUUCAGCUCUGCCUUCAUCAUCUCCAGCCAGACAUACUCGCGUAAGAUCGAUGUUGAUGUCGGCAACGCUCUUGGUUCUUUCGGUGCUACCUGUGAGCGCAUUGGCAUUGACAUCCGUCACCUUGCCAUGCUCAAGGAGGUUGAGGAGCCUUUCGAGAAGGACCAGAUUGGCAGCAGUGCCAUGGCCUACAAGCGCAACCCCAUGCGCUCAGAGCGUCUUUGCUCGCUCGGACGUCACCUGCAGAACCUCCCCAAGGACGGCUUGGACACCUACUCCGCUCAGUGGUUCGAGCGAUCUCUCGAUGACAGCGCCAUCCGCCGUAUCAGCAUCCCGGAGCUGUACCUGACUGCUGACGCCUGUCUCAUCCUCCUGAACAACGUCUCCUCCGGCUUCGUCGUCUACCCCGAGGUCAUCAAGCGCCACGUCAACGAUGAGCUCCCCUUCAUGGCCACCGAGAACAUCAUCAUGGCCUGUGUCGCAAAGGGUCUCUCCCGCCAGGACGCCCACGAGGAGAUCCGUGUCCUCUCCCACCAAGCCGCCGAUAACGUCAAGAAGCAGGGUAAGGACAACGACCUGAUCGAGCGCAUCCGCCGUACCGCGUUCUUCAACCCCAUCAUCCCGGAGCUGGACAAUCUCCUGGAUGCCAGCACCUUCGUCGGUCGUGCCCCUCAGCAGGUCGAGAAGUUCACCAGCACCGAGGUGGCCGCCGCCAUCAAGCCCUACGCGAGCGCCAUUGCCAAGGGCGAGACCUCUGCCCUGUACGUUUAA